AUUCCUUCCGAUUUCUCCCCGAUCUUGCUCCUUUCCGCUAUAUGAGCAAGGCAGCCUACCGGCACGGUAGUCAACCCCCCUCCCUCAGUGCUCAUUCCUUGCGCACACAUUCUCGGCCUCCAUCAUCGACAUCAACAUACACUCUUUCGAUCGGGUUAUAUCCAGCAAUCUUUCUCCGAUCUCUUCCACACCUAUCCCCGCACAUCCGGUGCCCUCCGUCACCCCCACUCCACCCCUCCCGUCCCCAUUCCCCGCAAUGUUCGGUUCAUCACCGGCCGACGCAUUUGAGCAGAAGGCUCAAAAGCUUCGUCGUGCCGUAGAGCGGGCGCGUGCCCAGUUCUCGCAGAAAACUAGGCCUCAAAGGUGUGUGCUGUGUAUUUGUCCGCGCCCUCAUGUGCCCCCUCCAACCUUUUUUUGUUCCCCCCACUGCGUCCCUCCUCAACCAACUGCCUCUCACCAAGGAGACGACAGAUGGGAGGGGCUGUAGGGAAUCAAGGGGAAAAAAGAAAAAUCCCAUAUUUUUGCCAGAUCGGAGGACAAAACAAGGAAAAUAUCACAGCACAUGGGCUGCCUAGUUUAAGCUUUGACUACGAUUCAUGCUAAAAUUACCCCCGCGCCGCCUGCCUCCGUAGUGUCAACCGGACAUCCGUCGCCCUCACAGGCUCGUAUUUCGACUACCUCCCCGUCGAGCUGAUAAUCGACAUCUGCUGCCAAACUGACUGGCGAGACGUUACGCGUCUCCGUCUCGUCUCCCGAGCGUUCAAGGAGUUCGUCGACGCGAACGAGUCCACCAUCGCUGUCAGAUGGAUGGUCCCCGGAUCAUAUCUGGCGCUACUGUCGCAGCUCUUCUACCCGCCAAAGUCUAGGGUAGGAGACGGGGUACGCCGGCCUACGAUACAGUACUUUUGCGGAUUAGAGAAGCGACAUAUCACGUGCUCUCAGUUGGCUUAUUAUCUAUGCGACAAGGCAGUUGCGCCCAUGUAUGGGACUCGGUUCACGAUUAAUUGGAAGGAUAGGGAGGAGGCUAAGCUUAAGAAGGAUCAAGCAAUUCGGACGGUGCAGAGGAGGUUGACGAAGCAAUUGUAUUUCCUGCCCCCCUGGAGAGAAACUGAAUUUUUUUCCCCUUAUUUGUUUUUUCUUGUGUUUCUUGGUCAUUAUCUGACCGGUUCCUUUUACAAAGGCUGAUAUGGUUGGGAUUUAGGUAUUAUGUAAGAGCAGUCCCAGACUCUAUGUGUUAACUCGUCUCGAGCCAAUCUUAGGGCUGCCUCGUAGAUUGGGGAGGGGGUAGCGACAUAAUACCUAUCCAACCAACUAACACUUCAUUUUAGGUCCUCCACUUUCUGACCUACUCCCGCCUCCGCUUGGAAGCCAACAAAGCCGCCAUGGCUGCUGAGAACUCCGACGAGCUGCUAACCCUCAACGACCUAAAUAGCGCCUACUUGGGCAUCCAAUCAAACAUAUUAACCACCUUCGACAACCAAACCCUAAUAUCCACGCACCACGCCCUGCACUUCCUGGUGAACUCCAUCCGCCUAAGCAUGUCCCCGGAGCCCCCGCACAAGCAGAACGAUGAACUCGUCGCCAUUAUCCUCCGCUGCCCAAUACCGCUAAACCGCUGUGUGGAAUUCUUUGCCGCAGAUUGCCCCGGCGCACCGCGCGGGCUGAGGAAACAGUUUAUGCAGGAUAUGGAGGGGGAGAGAGCGGAUGCUGAGAUCAGGUUUGGGGGAGGAACAGCGCCGAGGAGGAGUAGUAGUGGCCAUUCUAGAGAGGCGAGUCGGAGGAAGUGGUCACCGAGAGUUUCCGAGGUUUGGUUUGAGGCCGCGAGGAUUGCGUUAGCGGAGAGAGGGUUGCAGGAACACAAACCCGAUGGGGUGUAUUUCUUUCCGGAAUGUAGUCAGGAGCUGUUGAUUGGGUGCCCGGGGUGUAAGCUUAAAUGAUCAUGAUGUGAGGGGUUAUGAAGGGUGGGUCGUGUUGCGUUCCCCCAGGAAACGCGUUUGAGGGUUUAGCUGGGAGCUCGUUUGUUGAGGAUUAUACCCACAGGCUGUAUUAUGCCGUGCUCGGGCUAUCAGCGGGCGGUUGGCUUCCCUCUUUCCACGGAAUAUUAUGAUGAAAUAGAGGUUUCACGAAAGGUCACUCUCUUGGGCAUCAAUCCGGCAUUGCGGUGGUAUGAGACGGUGGGUAGUGUGGGGAGCAGGGUUAGGAUUGUCAUGUGGGUAUUUUGAUGCCCUAACGGUUCUCUCUUGGGGCAAACCGAAUAUAUUUCGAUUCUUGUGAGGGAUUGCCGGACGCCAGGCCUUGAUGUAAGAGCUUUGAGGAAAAAAACAAGGAACAAGAACAGCCCCAUGAUUUUCACGCACUUUACUACACCAUUUAACCGCUAGCUUCUGUGAUACUAGCGCAGUAGGUUAAAACUCAAAAAAGUCGUCCAAUUCUUCCAACUUCUUUUCCUCCCUUGGGGCCUUCUUCGACUUGCCCUUCUUAUCCCGCUUCUCCGCUCUCUCAUCCCUUUUCUCCUCCCCCCCAACCACCUCCCCCUCUCCACCACUUCCCGGUUCGACACCUCCCUCCUCUUGAUCCUCCCCCUCAUCAUCAAAACCCAUGGUACUCUCCCCCAACCCGCCUCUCGCCAUCUGCCUCUCAAUCUCCCUGCGAAUCCCCUCUCUCCUCUCCCGCAUUACCCCCGCAUCCUUAAACAAGGAAAUGUACUUCUCCCCAGGAGGGUAAUGCAUGAUGUAAUUAAGGUCCAGCCUAGCCUCGUAAACUUUCUUCUCUACCUCCGCCUUUCCCACUCCACACCCUACCUUCUCCAGCUCCCUCUCUGCUUUGCGUAAUUUCCUUGUAGCUUUUUGCCUCUCUAUUUCGCAAUUAGCCAUCUAUCAACCGUACGGGGGGGUGCUGGAAGAGAUGGGCGCACCGAAGAACCGAACCAUAUGAUACCGCUUUGCAAUACUUCUCACCUUCGCCGCACUCCUCACCGCCGAGAGUUCGGAUUGGAAGGCUGAUAAUGCGCGUUCGUUUUCUAGCCGGACGUCGGCUGGGAGUGAGCUGCUGGGAUUAUUUAGGAGACGCUGGAGGUCGCGAACUUUUUUUUUCAGGUGGGUUGUGGAGGUCUUUGGUCCCGUGGGGUUUAUCAGGGGACGACGCCGACGUUUUUGGUGUCUGUGGUUUUCGGGAGGCAUUUUUUGUUUGUUGGUAGAGGUGGAGAUGUGGUGAUGAAGGAUUCUUGCUU